GUUCUCGAUGGUGCCGCUGACGAUUUGAUUUUCGUCCCUCUCGUUCUCGGUGUUGUUGUUCUCGGUGACGCGACGGAGGUGUAGCCUGACGCGGUCUCUUACGUGUCGGCCUGAAUAAAAGUGGAGCUCCGAGGGCCCGGGAGUGACCGAGGGAGUCUGUUUCGCUAAGUCGAUGACCAUGGAGUCGGGAGCAGAGGUUCAUCAGGGAGGAGACACGGCAGUGUCAGAGACAGAGAGCCAACAGAUCUCCCAGGCACAGAUAGCCACCCUGGCACAGCAGGAUUAUGUUUAUGCUUUGCAGGUUUCCAUGGCAGCAGGUCACGCCACAUCCAGCGGUCCUACGGUCACCCUGGUGCAGCUGCCCAACGGUCAGACGGUCCAGGUUCAUGGCGUCAUCCAGGCCGCUCAGCCCUCUGUCAUACAGUCACCACAGGUCCAGACUGUUCAGAUCUCCACCCUAGCAGAGAGUGAAGACUCUCAGGAGUCAGUGGACAGUGUGACUGACUCUCAGAAACGCAGAGAGAUCCUCUCACGACGCCCCUCAUAUAGGAAGAUCCUGAAUGACCUGUCAUCAGGUGACACCCCAGGGGUUCCCAGGAUCGAGGAAGAGAAGUCGGAGGAGGACACAGCGCCCGCCAUCACCACGGUUACCAUGCCCACAUCAUGCCCCAUCUACCAGACCAGCAGUGGCCAGUACAUCGCCAUCACCCAGGGCGGGGCAAUCCAGCUGGCCAAUAACGGAACAGACGGGAUCCAGGGACUGCAGACCCUGACUAUGACCAACGCUGCGGCCGCCCAGCAGGGCACCACCAUCCUGCAGUACGCUCAGACCUCAGACGGCCAGCAGAUCCUGGUGCCCAGCAACCAGGUGGUAGUGCAAGCUGCGUCGGGAGAUGUGCAGGCCUACCAGAUCCGCACGGCCCCCACUAGCACCAUCGCCCCUGGGGUGGUCAUGGCCUCCUCCCCUGCCCUGUCUGGCCAGGGGGGCCCAGAGGUAGAAGUUACCCGCAAGAGAGAGGUCAGACUCAUGAAGAACAGAGAGGCGGCCCGCGAGUGUCGCAGGAAGAAGAAGGAGUAUGUCAAGUGUCUUGAGAACCGCGUGGCCGUGCUGGAGAACCAGAACAAAACCCUCAUAGAGGAACUGAAAGCACUUAAAGACCUGUACUGCCAUAAAUCUGAGUAGCUUCAAAAUAACCCAUCCUAGCUCAACUGUCACUCCCUAGUCAGCGGGCAUCAGACUGCCCACUGACCUGUACAGAGACUCUGCCAAGCAUUGGCCUACGGGCAUGACCCAUGACAUCUGAAGCAAGAGGAUGUGAGAGAGAAGACAGAAUGAAAAUGGAUUGAUGGACGGGAGAUCAGUGAUGGACAGUGCUUUGUGGGAAUUGUAGUAAACACGACCACUUUGGCCCAUACGUCCCCCAAUCUCCCAUUCACCAAUCCAUUUUCACCCUGUCUUCUCUCUCACAUCCUCUUGCUUCCACUCCUUCUUCUCCCGCUCACUUGUUAUCCACCUUUUCAUCUUUCUUUGCCUCUCCCAACUUCUCUCAAUAUGAUCCCACCACGGAACUGAAAGGAUGAGGAUUCAUUCGUCAGUUGUGGUUCCAGGGAUAACGUGGUGAAACACAACACUAACUCUUUUACCCUAUUCAAGCUUCUUGUUUGGGGUUUGACUACUGGGAAGAGAAGUCACAGACUUCUGACAUAGUCAUUUUUUAUUAACCCAAAGCCUCUUAUGUCUUCACUAACAAAGGUUAGCCAAUCAAACAAGAGGGUUAGCGUCUGAAUGUCCAAUCAGCUCAAGAGGAAGUCAAGACAAGGAAGUCAAGGUACCCUCCAGAACCCUGGCAUUGGAGUCAGUUAAGACAUUGUAGAUUUCCCAGGGUCCGGUUUCCCAAAAGCAUCUUAAGGCAAAGUUCAUCGUUAGAACCUUUGUAGGAGCCUCGUUAAAUCUCGUUAUUAACAUUGCACUUGAAAGCGCUCGUAAUCUAACGCAUGCUUCAGACCACUCGUAGAACAGCAGUGCGUCGUUAGAUGCUUUUUUGCCCUCUUUUAUAUACAGAAGAUCUCUGCUAAACAUCACAUGGUUUAUCCGUCUCUCUGUGACCGCCGAUAACUUCAGAAAAAAGUUGACUACAAAUGCAAAGUUGACAAUGUCUUUGUAAUUGAUACAAACAAGCAACGUCUAAAAAUAUGCUUCAAAUGAAAACAGAGAUGACUGCAUUUAAAUAGAAACAGUAGGAUAUAGGCCUAUUUCAGUCCUAUUGAAAUACAUACCAUGUUCAAUCAAUUGAGUUCUAUUUUGCUACUAGACUACUGUUUGUAAUUUGUCUCAAUAUAUUUCAUGAUGUGUAGCCUAACGUGCUCAAUGAUGUGCCAAAUCUUUGAUUUAGUGGGUAAGCAUUAGACUAAAGGCGCCUCAAUAUUUGCAUCCAUAGGUGGUAAUAUCCAUAGCCGCGGGAAGUAAGGGUGCUGAAUCACCCCCUGAUAUAUCACAAUAAACCAAAUUAGUCCACUAGGCCUUUGAAUAAACCAAAUUGGUGCACUAGGCCUUUAUUACCCCUGUAUGAGCGGAGAAAAAUACUCAACAGCAGAGCGGGGAAAUACCCCCCAACUCCCCCGUCGACAAAACAUUUCAGCACCCCCACCCCAAAACAACUUCCUGCGGCCAUGGUAAUAUCACUCUAGGAGCUGAUCUGUCGUCAGUAUUGUGAAAUAAUUAUAAUGUUGAGGAAAGUUCCCUUUCUUUCAAUCCUAUCAGUAUCGACACAUGAUCAAACGACGCUCUUGGCGAGCGUUCUCUCUGUGUGGUUUUGGGAAACGCAUGUUACAUCUUCGGGAAAGAUACAUUGUUAAAACACGCCUAAAUUCCAUCGCUAUCAGGAAACCGGGCCCUGCUUAGUAGAUCAUAUGAGAUCAGAUUAUGUUAUUUUCUAGAUCUCAGUGCUUAGGUUAAACCUCCAUAAUCAGUAUAACCCAUCAACUCGGAUUCAUCUUCCAUUUCAAGUGUCUUGGGUAUUUUCUUUAUUUCGUUACAUUUUGAUAUCUGAGAUUUGAGCUACUUUUGUUACGCUCUAAAGAUUUGGGCUGUUGCUAGGUGGUGGUGGAAUAUGGAUCCCAUAUAACUACUGAAGAAAACAGAUUAAUGUCUGAAUACAGGGGAAAGUUGGCAGUACACACCACAUAGCCAUCUAUGGGUUAAUGGCAAUUAUCUGAGAUUAAAUCCACCCAAGUAAAUCUUGUUGGAAUAGAUACAUUUGUAAUCUCCGGGAUACACAUAUUUAUGGUGAGUGUACUACUGUACAUACAUUCAGUACAUACACUACCGUUCAAAAGUUUGGGGUCACUUAGAAAUGUCCUUGUUUUUAAAAUCAAAGCACAUUUUUUGGGGCCAUUAAAAGAACAUCAAAUUGAUCAGAAAUACAGUGUAGGCAUUGUUAAUGUUGUAAAUUACUAUUUUAGCUGGAAACGGCAGAUUUUUUAUUAAUUAUCUACAUAGGCGUACAGAGGCCCGUUAUCAGCAACCAUCACUCCUGUGUUCCAAUGUCACGUUGUGUUAGCUAAUCCAAGUUGAUCAUUUUAAAAGCCUAAUUGAUCAUUCUAGGCAAGAGUUCCUCUGUCCAGUGUCUGUGUUCUUUUGCCCAUCUUAAUCUUUUAUGUUUAUUGGCCAGUCUGAGAUAUGGCUUUUUCUUUGCAACUCUGCCUAGGCCAGCAUCCCGGAGUCGCCUCUUCACUGUUGACAUUGAGACUGGUGUUUUGCGGGUACUAUUUAAUGAAGCUGCCAGUUGAGGACUUGUGAGGCGUCUGUUUCUCAAACUCGACACUCUAAUGUAUUUGUGCUCUUGCUCAGUGUGCACUGGGGCCUCCCACUCCUCUUUCUAUUCUGGUUAGAGACCGUUUGCGCUGUUCUGUGAAGAGAGUAGUACACAGCGUUGUACGAGAUCUUCAGUUUCUUGGCAAUUUCUCGCAUGGAAUAGCCUUAAUUUCUCUGAACAAGAAUAGACUGACGAGUUUCAGAAGAAAGUUAUUUGAUUCUGGCCAUUUUGAGCCUGUAAUGGAACCCACAAAUGCUGAUGCUCCAGAUACUCGACUAGUGUAAAGGCCAGUUUUAUUGCUUCUUUAUUCAGAACACCAGUUUUCAGCUGUGCUAACAUAAUUGCAACAGGGUUUUCUAAUGAUCAAUUAGCCUUUUAAAAUGAUAAACUUGGAUUAGCUAACAGAACGUGCCAUUGGAACACAGGAGUGAUAGUUGCUGAUAAUGAGCCUCUGUACGCCUAUGUAGAUAUUCCAUAAAAAUAAUCUGCCGUUUCCAGCUACAAUAGUCAUUUACAACAUUAACAAUGUCCACACUGUAUUUCAGAUCAAUUUGAUGUUAUUUUAAUGGGCAAAACAUUUGCUUUUCUUUCAAAAACAAGGACAUUUCUAAGUGACCCCAAACUUUUGAAUGGUAGUGUAUACGAUUACAUUAACAAUUUGUUAGUAGGUUUAUGUAGGACUUGGGAUCAAUCUUCCAACAUCACAGACAGAGAUACUUUAUAUUCUGUUUAUGAUAGGAUAAAGUAGUACCAUGUUGUAUUACAUAUUGAUUAUUUUUCUUUUGAUAUAAUUACUGUACAUGGAGCCUACAGCAUGUGUAGAUUUUACUAUGAUAUUUCUAUUGAUUUGAUAAGAAAAUUGUUAUGCAUAAUAUGAAACCAAUAUAGAUUAACAUAUUUGUAUCAUAUACUGCAGCACAUAAAAAAAAUAUAAAAAUAUAUACAUGUAUAUUCCUUUAGCUUACCAGGCCUAUUACAAUGUCGGCAGCUAUUUAAGAAAAAGGCCUUUUUUAAACUCAUCAUGCUUUGUGGUGCUCUGCUCAUCUUCUUUUGAGGCAGGCGAGUGAACAGCCUGUUGGAAGCUAUUACGACCCACAAGACAUAUUAGUUCAAUUAUUCCUCUGGGUUUCAUUAAGCUGUAAAUGGCUAAGAAAUAAAUGUGAUUCUGCCGGCCACACAACUCAUCUGUACAGAGGACUGAGAGCCCUAAGUGGUUGUAAAAGCCUCUUGCGAAUGUUGUAACAUGCUUACUAUAAAUGCAUUUCAUCACAGAGCACCCCCCCCCCCCCUAGAUUAGGAAGCAACACCAUCAUGCAACAAAAGCUUUUUUUCUUUUUGUUAGAUAUUAUGUCAUAUGUAAUGUCACGGUACAGUAAAUGCAUUUCUUCCUACAUUUUUUGUCUUUGUUUGUACUUUAUAAAUAAGAAUACAUUUUAGACACUAGAAUAUUCCUGAAUUUAAUGUGAAAUAAAUACAUGGUUCAGCCAAGUCCAAAACAGUAAUAUCUUUUAAAAAAAACAUUAUUUGUGGAAAUAAUCAGUACCAAAAUCCUAGUUUGUUAGUCUUUUUGUAUUCAGGAGGACGCAUCAGGAAUCUAAAUAUAUUGAUCCUGGGUGAACCAUGAAAAACAAAUCAACACAUUGGAAUUGGAAUGUAUCUUCAGUGUGAAUACCCAGAUUCAUCUCAUGCACAUCAAACAGCAUAGCUUCUUGAGUUUUCAGUUUUCAGUUAGGAUGGGGGUAGUUUGUUAAUGGUUAUCAUUUUUACUGUGUUUGUACGUUGAGAUUCAGUCAAUCCAGUGUCACUCUGCUUGCUUUAUUUUUCUACAUUAAAAGACUGUUUAUAAUGUACACCAUUCAUCAUAUUAUGUGAAUGGUAUUGUAAAAAGAAAAGUGGGUUGGGUUCGUGUGAAAUGGUCACAGAAAGUAAUGUUUCUGAUUAUCAUUGUGCAAGGGUAGCACUGUAAUUUUGUUCUUCUGUUGCUUGCAAAAGGCAAAGCCAUCUAUUGAGUCGUUUGAAUCAUUACCUUGUCCUGGCCCUACUCUUUCAGUUUUUACAGACGCGUUGACAAGUCAUUUGUGCUGCUGAAUCCAAGCAUGACAAAUUGCAGAGGUAAUCUCUUAGCAAAGCUUUUUCAGGGUAGAUUAUGGAUUCAUGCUGAAGGGAUGCAAUUUGACACAGCACACCUUGAGCUUCGGCUUUGCCGGCUCUGUAAAACUAAUUAUUUUAUGACAGAAGAGCAGAACUGAGCAGAGCAGGUCAAUGGCGCUUACAAAACAGUAGGUGAGGUUUGCUUGAACAGAAGAAUUCAUCUUGACAAAAUACCAGUGAAGAUACCAAGAGGUAAACUUGCCUAUAGGCUUUUUUAUUUAGCAUUUAAUUAAAUUUAAGUAGCUGAAUGAAUUCAAAAAAGAUCAAUAGCCUAGUGGUUUGGUUUCUGUAUCAUUUUGAGGUACAUAACCUGGCUUUACUUCUUGCAUGAACAGCCUGUCAUAGUGGAACUUUGAACAAUAACCUUUUUCUAAACUUUUGUGCCCUGUUUGAAUAUUGCCAAUUUUACAAAUUGUAAUCUUUAAAUACCAUUUAUUGUACAUAAUGUACUCCUGUUAAGGGAGGUUUUAUUGUGUUCCAGUUGUGUAUCUGUCCAUUGUAUAUACUGUCUGUGAACAGCAUUAAACUAAAGCGCUUAACGAGCCACACUUUAGACAGAUACAAAGCCGCGGGGAAUAGGGGUGCUGUCCUCUGAUCAAUAAAGAAAUAAACAUUUAAUCAAAUUAGUGCACUAGGCCUUUAUUACUCCUGUACAAGUGGAGCGAAGCAAAGUACUUGUCAGCAGACAAAAAAAAUCUUUAAAAAAUGUCACCACCCCCGAAACAUCUUUCCACAGCUAUGGACAGAUAGACAUUUUGAAAGCGCUAUGUAACACAUUGUACCACUCUUUUGUAAACAUUUAUGCCACAAUAAAUUGCAUUCAAAGUG